AUCGGCUAUUCGGCUCCCUAACCUCCAUUUUUUAAUCACUAAAAGUGCGCAGAAAAUAGCGAGUUAAUAUUAGAGAUGUGUGUUUUUUUUUAUUCUACUAAUUGAAUAUUUGAAAAACUAAAAAAAUUGAUUUUUUUAAUUACAUCUCUAUACCUUUUUGUAUUGGUGGCAUUAAUUAAUACUGCAGCAAUUUACAUUGAAGUAGAGUUGAUAAUGUUACGAGUUACCAUGAUUACUAAUGCUGUCAAUUGCCGGCUCCCAACACAAUUGGUAAUGAAUGAAUGGAUAGGGAUAAAUGGAACAUUCUCUCAAAUUAUUCGCUGGAAAAGAAAGCCCAUUUGGUUGCCACAAGCUAAAUCUAAACUUUUCAAAGUACCACCGAGAUUACGCCUUCCUCAGGAAGAGUCAGGUGAAAUUCUGAGAUUGUACAAUCACUAUCGCACAUACAGAAAGUCAAUAAGAGAAUAUCUGGUGCAACUGAUGGAAGCAAGUCAAGUGCAAUUUGAUGAAGAAUUACUCAAAAAAGCUGAAGAAGAAGACUAUACAAAAUGUUGGAAUAUCAAUGAGGAAUGGAAUAAAGAAGUAGGAAAAGUGAGACAAAUUCGUUUGGAGAAACAACACCAAGACCGUAAACAACAAACUCUCCAAAUUAUUAGUGAGAAAAGAGAACGUCACAGACAAAUGAUGGAGAAAAUUGAAGAAAGAGUGAAAAAAGCCAAGAUCGAGGCGGAUACCUUCAUUACGCGUGAAAAUAUUGAUCGUGCAAUUGAAGAGGCUUUAGCUAAUGUUGUGGAUUAUAAUGCAGCAAUUGAUAAGGAAGGCAAUUUUUAUAGAAAAAAUGUGACUAGCGAACAACAGGCUUCAGUUUAACAAUGAUAAUUUCAUUGGAUAAAGUUUAUUAUAUCCUUCGAAAAGACUUUUUCAUUUUGCAAACCUAAUAUACUGUAUGUAGAGAUCAUAAUCAUCAUCGUUACCACCAUUUAUCUUAAAAAAAAAAAAAAAAAAA